AUGGGUCAAGAAGAAGUCGUUCUGGAGGUCCUCCCCCCUCCUCCGGGUUACUCACCCUCAAAUCAAGAUGUGGAAUUUAUUAUGCCUACGUCUUUCACCAUCCAUAAACAAGGCGAUUCCGAGGUGAAAUUCAACAUACGCGGCAACUCCGGCAGCACGCCACUUUCAAUCGCAUGCACAUACAAAAACACAGAAGACGAUUUCGAAGCCAGAGUAAAUCUCCUCCCUCGAAAGGAUGAAAACGCAUCGCCACUAGCAACAGUAAAAUACUCCCGCCACAGCGCUGAGCUCGAAUUCACCAACACAUCUUCUCCUGCACAUAUCACCAUGCACUAUCGUCUCUUGGGCGAUAGAAACGCAACUCAUUCUUUCAACGUCAACGCGCCGCAGCGAACAAGUUUUGAGUGGAGAAAUCUUGGCGAUGGUGAAGGAUGGAAACUGUACAUGGGCUCGAGGCCUGAAGUAUUGGCGGUAGGUGCGCUGAAUAUGGGUUCUGAUAAACCUACACGAUUUGAAUUUAAAGACUUGGAGAUGGCGAAGGAAUUGGAUGAGCAUUGUAAAUUGGUGAUUGUUGCGUCGUGGUUGAGGAUCUGGGACAAGGUUAGGAUCCAGUUUAGACGUCCGCCUGAUGAGGGUGAGACAUAG